AUGCCGGCUGUGAGAGGAGAUGGCAUGCGUGGUCUGGCUGUAUUUAUUUCUGAUAUUAGAAAUUGUAAAAGCAAAGAAGCAGAAAUUAAGAGAAUAAACAAAGAGUUGGCAAAUAUUCGUAGUAAAUUUAAAGGAGACAAGACACUUGAUGGUUAUCAAAAAAAGAAAUAUGUUUGUAAGCUUCUUUUUAUUUUUUUACUUGGUCAUGAUAUUGAUUUUGGACACAUGGAGGCUGUUAAUCUACUUUCAUCCAAUAAAUAUUCAGAAAAACAAAUUGGCUAUCUUUUCAUAUCAGUUUUAGUAAAUACAAACAGUGAUCUUAUUAAAUUAAUUAUUCAAAGUAUAAAAAAUGAUCUUGCAUCAAGAAAUCCAAUUCAUGUAAAUCUUGCAUUACAAUGUAUUGCAAAUAUUGGCAGUAAAGAAAUGGCAGAAGCUUUUGGCAAUGAAAUACCAAAAUUACUUGUUUCUGGAGAUACUAUGGAUGUUGUAAAACAAAGUGCAGCAUUGUGUUUAUUACGAUUAUUACGUACUGCACCAGAUGUUGUUCCUGGUGGAGAAUGGACAUCACGCAUAGUUCAUCUUUUAAAUGAUCAGCAUCUUGGUGUUGUUACAGCAGCUGCAUCUUUAAUAGAUGCUUUAGUAAAAAGAAAUCCAGACGAAUACAAAGGAUGUGUUAGUUUAGCAGUUUCAAGAUUGAGCAGGAUUGUGACAUCAAGUUAUACAGAUCUACAGGAUUAUACAUAUUAUUUUGUGCCAGCACCAUGGUUAUCUGUUAAACUUUUACGAUUAUUACAGAAUUAUACACCACCUGCUGAAGACCCAGGAGUAAGAGGUAGAUUAAAUGAAUGUCUAGAAACUAUAUUAAAUAAAGCUCAAGAACCACCAAAAUCAAAAAAGGUGCAACAUUCAAAUGCAAAAAAUGCUGUGUUAUUUGAAGCCAUUAGUUUAAUUAUUCAUAAUGACAGUGAACUGCCUUUAUCAGUCAGAGCAUGUAAUCAACUUGGUCAGUUUCUAUCUAAUCGUGAAACUAAUCUUCGCUAUUUAGCACUUGAAUCCAUGUGCCAUUUAGCUACAUCAGAAUUGUCACAUGAAGCUGUAAAGAAACAUCAAGAAGUUGUUAUUCUUUCUAUGAAAAUGGAAAAAGAUGUAUCUGUUAGACAACAGGCUGUCGAUCUUUUAUAUGCUAUGUGUGAUAAAAGCAAUGCUGAAGAAAUAGUUCAAGAAAUGUUGAAUUAUCUUGAAACUGCUGAUUAUUCCAUUAGAGAAGAAAUGGUUCUUAAAGUAGCGAUUUUAGCCGAAAAGUAUGCUACUGAUUAUACUUGGUACGUUGAUGUCAUUUUAAAUCUCAUUAGGAUAGCUGGUGACUAUGUUUCGGAAGAAGUAUGGUACAGAGUUAUUCAAAUCGUUAUUAAUAGAGAAGAUGUACAAGGAUAUGCAGCAAAGACUGUUUUCGAGGCUUUACAAGCACCAGCUUGCCAUGAAAAUAUGGUUAAAGUUGGUGGUUAUAUACUUGGAGAAUUUGGAAAUCUUAUUGCUGGUGAUCAACGAUCUUCUCCAGCUGUUCAGUUUCAAUUGUUACAUUCCAAAUAUCAUUUAUGUUCUCCAAUGACUCGUGCAUUGUUACUUUCGACAUAUAUUAAAUUUGUUAAUCUGUUUCCUGAAAUGAGAAGUCAAAUUCAAGAUGUCUUUAGACAACAUAGUAAUUUACGCAGUGCAGAUGCAGAGUUACAACAAAGAGCUUCGGAAUAUCUUCAAUUGAGCAUUAUCGCUUCUAGUGAUGUUUUGGCUACAGUUUUAGAGGAAAUGCCAGCAUUUCCAGAAAGAGAAUCUUCUAUUCUUGCGGUUUUGAAAAGGAAGAAACCAGGUCGAGUACCAGAGAAUGAAAUUAGAGAAAGUAAAAGUCCAGCUCCAAAUACUAAUCAUCAUGCAGAAGCUCCUAGUAGUGUAACAGGAGCUGUUAAUAAUACAUCAGCAGAUUUAUUAAGUCUUUCUACACCACCAUCUUCUCAACCAAGUAGCAAUACUGGAGUUUUACUUGACGUACUAGGAGAUAUUUAUAAUAUGCCAAAUAAAGUCGCAACUAAUGGUGCCCAAAAUACAUAUAAUCCUAAGAAAUUUGUGUGUAAAAAUAAUGGUGUAUUGUUUGAAAGUGAAUUAAUUCAAAUUGGAGUAAAAUCGGAAUUCAGACAAAAUUUAGGACGAGUCGGUCUUUUUUAUGGAAACAAAACUCAAUAUGCUCUUCAUAGUUUUCAACCUCAAUUAUCUUGGUCUGAAGAAAAUCAACAAAAAUUAGCAGUACAAGUAAAGCCAGUCGAUCCAGUGUUAGAAGCUGGAGCUCAAAUACAACAAAUGAUUAACGCAGAAUGUAUUGAUGAUUAUAGCGAUGCACCGAGCAUGAUUAUCUCUUUUAUUUAUAACAAUGUGCCACAAAAGAUAACAAUGAAAUUACCAUUAACUAUCAACAAAUUCUUCGAACCCACAGAAAUGAAUGGAGAAUCAUUCUUUGCAAGAUGGAAAAAUCUUGGAGGAGCAAAUCAACAACGUUCUCAGAAGAUUUUCAAAGCACAACAACCAAUGGAUCUUACACAAGUUCGCACGAAAUUGCAAGGAUUUGGAAUGCAAUUACUUGAUGGUAUUGAUCCAAAUCCCGAUAAUUUCGUUUGUGCAGGAAUAGUACAUAUGAGAGCACAACAAGUUGGAUGUUUGUUACGUUUAGAACCUAAUAAACAAGCGCAGAUGUUUCGUUUAACGGUACGUUCGAGUAAGGAAUCGAUGUCAGUAGAGAUCUGUGACCUGCUGGUGGAUCAAUUUUAAAUGAUCUAGCAGGCAUAAACUAAUUUAAGAUAUACUAAAACGCCGUGGGAAGACAUAUCGUGAUCAAUAAAGAAUGUCGUCUCUCGACGUUCAAAAAAUACUGAUGAUUAUUUGUUAAGAAAUAUUUGUUGUACCCAAGCUUACACUCAUAACAUGGUCAUGAGAAUUGAACCCUUGUGUAGGCAAAACAUUGUUACCACAUAUAAUCCUACGAACAAAGCAUAGGAUUGCUAUAAAUAUGAUAAAGGUGAAUUGUGUAGAUGAGAAAAAA